AACAGGGACUCGUCAACUAAGUUAAUCCGUGUGGGCCAAGCGGUCGUUUUCCUACCAACUUACUAGAGAGUACUGCGUACGGGGUACGAAUUUCCAAUUACAACCCCUGCCGUUCCAUUAUCCCUGGAAGAAGGCUGCUGCCAAAAGAGGUGCCGGACAGACAAAAAUAUCUUCGGCGCACUCACAUCUGCAGAUGCUCCAAAGAGUGUCGUCUCCCUCGCACUGCGUUUGAUCCCUACGCAGACUCCCUAUGAUGCUUGUUUCCUCGUCGACAUUUCCUGGUUACCUCUGAAUCCGUCGGACCCUGAGCCGUUUCGACCAUACCUACCCGCCCCCGUUCGCGUCUCCGCACUAAAGAGCGACCCUUGACUUAGCUCCUCCUCGUGCGCUGGAGCCAACGUUCACCCACACGCAGGGAUAGCCUCAUGCACCACGGUCGCCAGAACAGUUGAUCAUAUUAAUAAAGUUCAACAGCAGUCUCAGUUCGCGACGCGCAUCCCUAUCUCCGGCUCAUGGUGGCUUAAGAGGAACCUCUGGUUCAAAAAUGGCCGCAUUCGUGCGCGUGUCCGGGCCUCCGAACAGCAACUUUCUCGUCGGCUACCCUGGCAUAUCAGCAACUCUGCCCCGCAUCGAGGGAAAGGUUGAGAUACGACCCAGCGCUGGCAUAUCCGCCCCCGUUAACAUUUCCAUGGUCACAAUAUGUCUGCAGCGACGAGAGACGAUACAUCCCUCCGCGCACUCAGUAACGAAGAGACACCUCGCGGCGCCCCGCAAAGAGAUUACGGAUAUCGUUGGCAAAGAAAUGCUCCUCUUCCGUUGCCCGAUGGGCCGUGAUCAUGAAGAGAUUAUGGCGAUGGACCUCCCCUUCGUAUUAUUUAUACCGUUCGGCCGAGGCGGACAGGAAUCAUCUCGGAGACUACCGCCGCCCAGCUUACAGCUCCCCAGCCGGACCGCAGAGACAUUGUACGAGCUGGUGGUUAUGGUUCAACAAGGCCCGUCGGAACAGAAGAAGUAUGCAUUUCCUGUGCCGUUGGCGCGAUACGAUACUUUGUCAACAUUUGGGAUGUAUAACCGACCCGAAUCAUCGCAAAAGGUAUCGGACCAUUUGGUUACUCUGGGAAUAUCGUUACCGCGGUGGUCAUAUGGACCUCUCGACCCUGUUAGCGUAUAUGUGCAGCUUUCCCCGAACCCAGAUUGGAUAAGUAAAGCCCGAAAAGUCACAAUUCAAAAGCUUACCCUUACCAUCGACGAAGAGAUUAUUUACAACCAUGAGGGCGAUGAGCCUCAGCGCAAAGUGAAAACCUUGGCGAAGAGGUCAGAAAGCGUGGGUAUGAAACUGCCCGAAGCAGGGUAUAUCACGAAUCUGGGUCUGGUAUUCCCUGCGAGGGACCUACGCGAUUCAGAUGGCAUUCUACCGCGUUCAAAACCGGGCUUUCCAUUUUAUGCUGUCACUUCAUUUACCACAACCGCGUCACUAUAUAAAAUCGAAUAUUAUCUUACGGUCAAGGCCCAUUUAACUUCAGCUAAAGACAUAGUACUUCGCCAGCCCAUUGUCGUCUGUCCUCAGGAUCAUGUUGGAUGCAAAGAAGAAAUGGAAGCCAUCGAGCAGGCAGCUAGAGAAGCCAGGCAUAUUAAUCCCGAUAAUCCAAUGUUACCUUUGCCAACAAUAGUGCGAGCUCACGAUCCCUACGCAUUGAAUUACAUCAACGUAGCGAUUGUGGGCAAUGUGAAAAAGCCGUUGAUAGAUUGAAAUACUACAAGCCCGCACCUGGUCCUUGUGAUUUGACCAUCCGACCGAAAUUAACACGGCCCGCCCGUUUUCAUAACGUACAUUGAACGACUUAUGACUGAUUCACGACCCUCCUAACACCAACACCCUAGUGAUGGCCCGGCUCGGUAUUAUGAUGUCUCAUCACACCUAGCUGCUUAGCGCUUCUCUGCCGCUACCUCCGGUAUGAACGCGCGAUAAGUGUCAUGGUGAAAACCAAGUGUGCGAAGGGGUUUGGGAGCGCAGUGCAAUAUAGACACAUCGUUUCUAACCACCCUCACCUUGCUUAACCUUUCUAUGCCGACCGGCGCCGCCUUUGAUAUGACCUACCUUCGAUUUAUUUUUGGAACUCCUCAAACGGUCGGCGAUUUUAUCCUUUUAUCGGCGAACCCUACUCAUCGAACCAGAAAGCCUGUUUUCAUUCAUGCAUACGUACGUAUCCACUUUUGGGUCAGAUUUACCUGCUCUAUUGGCAAAGGAAUAUCCAGACGGGGCAUUUUACGGAUUUCUCCCUAUUGGCAUUAAUACUUUUCUUCUUGGGCCUGGUGGAAAAUCUGUUUUGCAUCUGGGAAUGUUACGGAGUGAAGGCGCUUUAUUUGACCCCCCCAUUGGCAAUUUUUUUUUUAUGGAGCUGGAGGGCGCGGAUUGAUUCCUAAUUCUCUUCUAUUGUUCACAAGUGUGGAUGCGAUAUCCUUGCUGUCUUUCUUGUCACAUCCCAAUAGGGACCUUAUCAUGAACAGCGACCAUGUUUUGUUCAGUGUGGUUGAGAUGAUGGUAUUUUACAAGACACAUGCAAUUACUACCGUUCUUGAGUGUAUGUCGAUU